GCUGCAAAGGCAAGUGAAGGUGCAGCGGCCACUUAUGAAAUUAGUUGCAUUAUUUCGCGGGCAUUUAUUUCGAUGGCGACGACAUCUCCACUAAUUAUGCGCAUCAUGGCGCUGUCCAUAAACACGGCCAAACGUGCCGGGUGCAUCAUACGCGAUGUCAUGCAACAGGGUGACCUAGGUAUUGUGGACAAAGGGAAGAAUGAUCCACAAACCGAGGCUGAUCGUUCCGCACAGCGAAGUAUAAUUGCGUCGUUGACUAAGCAAUUUCCGCGCAUCAAAAUUAUUGGUGAGGAGGGCUGCUCCGAUUUGAAUGUGUGUGCUGACUGGCUGGUUGAAGAACCAGAUCAGGAUUUCCUGCAGCAAGCAUGUCCAUCGAAAUGGCGUGAUGCAGAAGACGAGGACUUUGUGAUUUGGGUGGAUCCGCUAGACGGCACUGCCGAAUACACGCAGGGUUUCGUGGAGCACGUGACUGUUCUCAUUGGCAUCGCUGUAAAAGACUCGGCUGUGGGUGGCAUCAUACAUCAGCCCUACUACAAACAGCCCAGUGGUGAGCUUGGACGCACUAUUUGGGGUCUGAAAGGCCUCGGAACAGGCGGCUUUACGUCCAAGGCAGCACCAGAAGGCCAGUUCAUAAUAACGACCACACGCUCACAUUCCAAUGCAUUGCAUCAGCAGGCGCUGGACGCCUUCAGUGCCACUGAAAUUCUUAAAGUUGGUGGUGCCGGGUUCAAAGUACUGCAGUUACUCGAGGGCAAAGCUCAUGCGUAUGUUUUUGCAACGCCUGGUUGCAAGAAGUGGGACACAUGUGCGCCGGAGGCAGUGCUCGAGGCGUUGGGCGGCACGUUAACGGACAUUAAUGGUACACAUUAUUCCUAUCACGCGGAUGUGGAACACGUGAAUCGUACAGGCGUACUAGCCAGUCUUGGGCAAAAUCACACGCAGCUUGUUGAGAAAAUACCUGCGGACGUGAGGCAGGCAGUGUCCGCUAAGGCGACUAAAACAAACUGAAUAGAUUGUGACGCAUUUUGUUCGCAUUUUAUUCGUUUAUUUCCCUUGCACUUAAGUAAACAUAUAAAUUAAGCGAUAACAGAUAUGACACGAUAAAAUAGGAAGAGAACUUUUGAAGAAUUGAAAACGGUUAGAAACGUUAAUAGAACUAAAAUUUACAAAGAAAUAACGCGAAGCAAGAUAAGUGCGUUUAAAUAAAAACUGUAGCUUCAAUUGCAAAAUACAAAAAAUAA